ACUGCAUCUACAUCGUCGGGGGGAGAAGCCAAGUAGAACAAACCCUAAAGUUGAAAGAAGAAUAAGUAUCUCGUCUAAAAAGGGUGGAGGCAGCUUUUGUAGAGGAGGUGGUGGUUAUAUUGCAGUUUGGCGGUGGUUGGUAGUUAUCGGGUUUUGAAAAUGAGUUCAGAAAGGGACAGCAGGAGCAGAAGCAGGAGUAGGAGCCCCAUGGAUCGGAAGAUCCGUACUCAGCGCAGCUCCUAUCGUGAUGCUCCAUACAGGAGGGAUUCUCACAGGGGUUACAGCCAGAGCAAUCUAUGUAAGAAUUGCAAACGCCCAGGUCACUAUGCUAGAGAAUGCCCUAAUGUGGCCAUUUGUCACAACUGUGGACUUCCGGGGCAUAUUGCAUCAGAGUGUUCCACCAAGUCCCUAUGUUGGAAUUGCAGAGAGCCUGGUCACAUGGCUGGGAGCUGCCCAAACGAGGGAAUCUGUCACACAUGUGGGAAGACAGGUCACCGUGCUAGGGAAUGCGCAGCUCCCGCAAUGCCACCUGGUGACAUGAGGCUAUGCAACAACUGCUACAAACAAGGCCACAUAGCUGCUGAUUGUACAAAUGACAAGGCAUGCAAGAACUGUAGGAAGACAGGCCACCUUGCUCGAGAUUGCACUAAUGAUCCUGUUUGCAACUCGUGCAAUGUAGCGGGCCAUGUGGCUAGAGACUGCCCCAGGGGGGGUAUGAUUGAUGAUAGAGGUGGCCCACGUGGCAUUGAUCGGGGUAUGGGGGGUUUUCGUGACAUUGUGUGCAGGAACUGUCAACAAGUGGGCCAUAUGAGCCGUGAUUGUGUUGCAUUGUUAAUCUGUCACAAUUGUGGUGGAAGAGGACAUAUGGCGUUCGAAUGCCCUUCUGGAAGGUUCAUGGAUCGCUUUCCACGGAGGUACUGAUGGAAUGAGAUUACCCUUGAGGUAAGAAGAUCGUCUGUUGAUCCACAUUUACUAUUUUAGUAUUUUGUCUUCCUUUUGUUUUCAAAAAAAUUGAAGCUUAAGAUAUUGUGUUUGUUAAGUUUGAUUAUAUGAGCUGGAUUGUAUUGAAGCAUCAAGCCUGUAGCUUGAUGUUAAUAUGGUAAGUUCAUCUCAGACAGUGUAAUUCAAUUAAUAAUACAUAAAUUCAGUGUGUUGCUAUAGUUUAGUUUAA